AUGCUGAAUUAUACGGUGUUUACGUUCAAGUUUGGAACAGCUUUGGCUGUAUACGAAGAUGAUACCAUCGUUUACAUCUCUUUAGGGUUUGACAAUCAGGAAUUAGUUCAAGAGAUGAAAAGUGAUUUUAAAGCGAUUGAUGAGCCCAUAAACGCAAAUGUUGACCAGAAGACAGUGGAGAGUUUAAAACACUAUCUCAAUAACCAAGAGACACCACAGCCAAAAUACUCCUAUCACCUAUUCGGAACCGAGUUUCAAAGAAACGUGUGGGAUUGUUUAAUCCAGUCGAAAAGAGGAGAAACGUUUACCUACUCGGGUUUAGCUGAGAAACUGGGUUUGGGUGCCAACAGUUCUAGAGCUGUUGCAAAUGCCGUUGGAGCCAACAAAAUAUCAAUACUAAUUCCAUGUCAUCGUAUUCUUAGGAAGGAUGGCGAUCUAGGGGGUUACAGAUGGGGACCCGAUAUAAAAAGGAAACUUCUCCUAGAGGAGGCUCAAAGUUUGAAUGCAGUGUGA